AUGAUGUGCUGUUUAUCUGCUGAAGCACGUGAACAGAAACAAAUAAAUCGUGAAAUUGAAAAACAACUACGUCUUGAUAAAAAAAAUCAACGACGAGAAUUAAAAUUACUUUUACUUGGUACUGGAGAAUCUGGUAAAUCAACAUUUAUAAAACAAAUGCGUAUUAUACAUGGUACAGGCUAUUCCGAAGAAGAUAAACGUUCAUUUGUUAAACUUGUUUAUCAAAAUAUAUUCAUGGCAAUGCAUUCAAUGAUUCGUGCUAUGGAUACGCUCAAAAUACAAUAUAGAGAUAAAAGAAAUGAGCAAGAACAUGCAGCACUUGUACGGUCAGUUGAUUAUGAAACGGUGACAACAUUUGAACCACAAUAUGUUGAAGCCAUUAAAAGUCUUUGGAAUGAUCCAGGAAUAAAAGAGUGCUAUGAUCGACGAAGAGAAUAUCAAUUGACAGAUUCAGCGAAAUAUUAUUUGGAUAGUAUUGAUAGAAUUGCUUCCCCAGGUUAUUUACCUACAGAACAAGAUGUCCUACGUGUACGAGUACCUACAACGGGUAUCAUUGAAUAUCCUUUUGAUCUUGAAAAUAUUAUUUUUCGAAUGGUUGAUGUGGGUGGUCAAAGAUCUGAACGUCGAAAGUGGAUUCAUUGUUUUGAAAAUGUUACUUCAAUAAUGUUUCUUGCAGCAUUAAGCGAAUAUGAUCAAGUUCUUGUUGAAUCAGACAAUGAAAAUCGAAUGGAAGAGAGCAAAGCAUUGUUCCGUACGAUCAUAACUUAUCCAUGGUUUACGAAUUCAUCUGUGAUCCUUUUUUUGAACAAGAAAGACUUGCUCGAAGAGAAAAUUAUGCAUUCGCAUUUGGUUGAUUAUUUUCCUGAAUUUGAUGGUCCUAAACGUGAUGCCCAAGCUGCACGCGAAUUUAUUUUAAAAAUGUAUGUUGAUCUCAAUCCAGAUAGUGAUAAGAUUAUCUAUUCACAUUUUACCUGUGCAACUGAUACCGAAAAUAUCCGUUUUGUGUUUGCUGCUGUUAAAGACACAAUACUUCAAUUGAACCUCAAAGAAUAUAAAAUCAUGGCUGAUCAAGAAGCUGGUGGUUUAAGUGCAACUGAAUUAAAAAAGAAACGAACAUUUCGUAAAUUUACAUUUCGUGGUGUUGAUCUCGAUCAAUUAUUAGAUAUGAGUAAUGAACAAUUAAUGCCACUAUUACAUUGUCGUGCACGACGACGUUUAUCACGUGGUCUUAAACGUAAACCAAUGGCUUUAAUAAAACGUUUACGUAAAGCUAAAAAGGAAACACCUGAAUUAGAAAAACCACAAGCUAUUAAAACACAUUUACGUGAUAUGAUUAUUGUACCUGAAAUGGUCGGUUGUGUUGAGAAUUUUCAAUAA